AUGAGCGAGGAUGAUAGUGGACCCCACGUGGGCGCCCUGUCGCCCCGGCGCCGCCACUCCUCACCGUCGAGUAACGAGUGCGACGAGGAGGAGGAUGCGGAAACGCUCGACAGCAGCACCUCCACUGCGGGGCCCCCCGGCUCCCGCCGCACGGGACGCUACCAAUGCCCCUCCUGGGGGGAUGAGUCCAACACACCCUGCAGUUCACCCAACAGUUCGGCACAGCGGGGAUACGAUCGAACUGGCACAUACAAACACACCGGCAACUACCGUGCCAUGGUCUCAAGAAAUAAUUGCCCAAACGGACGGCGCAGUCUGAGUAAUACCAGUACGGUGGCGAGCCUCGUGGGUAGCUACCCUGAGUGGAGCCGGUCAUUCUGUGUCUACAACCCAUGGCGGGCGUCGUCAGCGCCGCGGGCAUCGUUUCAAUAUGGUCAUCAGCUUUUGUUUAGCGGGAAACAUGCCAUUCCAGGCACUGGAGUUUCUUCACCGUCAAGUGCGUCCCCAGGCACAGUAAUACAAGGAGGGUCAGGGUAUGAAAACCACCGCCGUUCUGUCUCUUUUGGUCUCUCCCUGACCCAUGCUGGUGGAGUUAAUGGGGAAGCAAGUGGUGGCCGCAACACGAGCGCGCUUUUUUUUGCGGGCCCAUUGUUACCUUCACCUUCCUCAGCUAGUCCAAUUUUGGGAAAUUAUAGAAGUGGGCGUCCUUCGAUGCUUUUAGGAGCCGCAUCAAGUCCAAGCAUGACGGCAUACUACGCGAUGGGUGGUGCGGCACGGCAGCUCGGGAAAAGCGGAGCACCCAUUGUUUCACCUGUAAAGAGGGAAUUAACAAUGCUCCUGCACUCAUUUUCUGCGUACCUGAGUCUGGUUGGAACGCCUAUCAUUAAUGGCGAUGUUGAGCACCCAAUGGACAUACGCAAAGGACCACUGAUUGGGGUGGGAGGUUUUGCCAAGGUCUAUGCGGGCAUCGAUCGUGUGAGUGGGAGACUUGUUGCUAUAAAAGAGAUUAAUAUUGCGGAAAUUACCGAUCAGGCGGGACUAAAUGCGAUUGGCAAAGAAUUUGACCUACUGAAGUCCCUUCGACAUCCCAACAUUAUGUCAUAUCAACUUUUUGAGCACAGCGCGUCGCAGAGGGUGUGCCGUAUUGUCAUGGAGAUGCUUACUGGUGGAUCGACGCUGGCGUUGCUGGAAACGUACGGACCACUACGAGAGACUAUUCUCCACAAGUUUGCCCGUCACAUUCUAGAAGCCAUUGCGUUUAUCCACAAUGAGGGCAUAUCGCAUCGAGACAUUAAGCCAGCAAAUAUUCUGGUAAGCGGCUCUGGAGUUGUCAAGUUGUGUGACUUUGGGUGCAGUAGACGUGUGAAUGAGCUGAAUAAAUCGACAAACUGCGUCAUUGGAACCCCGCUGUACAUGGCCCCAGAAUUUAUUAAGGGCGAAUCCAACCACAAGUCCGAUAUUUGGUCCAUGGCAUGCUCACUAUUUGAACUAGGAACCGGUCUUUUGCCCUGGCACCAUGCGAAGAUUCGUGACAACCUGCCGCUUAUGUUUUACAUCACCACUUCAAGUGAAACCCCGCUUACCAAUCUUGCACAGUACGACGUGCAGGAGUUUAGUGCCGAAUUUAAGGACUUUAUGGAGCUGUGCUUCACCCGUGAUGUGCAACGGAGACCAGAGGCGGUGGAGUUGCUGCAGCACCCGUGGAUAAAUGGGGUUCGCCCAACUUUUCCGCAAGACUCCUCUUCUGUCUCGUCGUUCGGCGGCGCCAACACUCCGACGUGGCCCGCACCGCCAACCUCCGACGAAGAGGAGUCUUUGUGCCAACGCGAGCUUGAAGAGGUCGCAGCUCAUAUUUCAAUCGAGAUAUGCAGUGCGUGCAUGCUGGGAACAACUGGAGGGCUGCCCGCGCUCCGUUUGCCUCCUCUCCUACAGCAGCAGCAGCAGCACUUACACACGGAGCUACGGUCUAGAAACGACGACGUAUCACAGCAGCAAAAUCCGCUAGAGCAACCUCAUUUGGAUUCUCAGAGAGGGAUGUCCACCAGCCAAGCUCACAGUCCGCCGGUGAGUUUGUGUGCCGGGGCUGGUGGUGGUGGUAGUAGGGUCUGGGCUUCAUUGAGUUCUACCGGCGCACUAGAUGCGGCGCAAAAUGAUGCAUUCAACUACUCCAUUCCAUUGGGGGCAUCAGAAGGGCGUUUUGUACUGCCCUCUUGUGGCAACUCGAUGUCCCCAGUGGCCCCACAAUACCUUCGCAUUAAUGAUGACGGCAGAGUUGACUACGUCACCGUAGAUGAGGAGUUGGUGGAGGUGGAUACCGAUGUGGAUGACGCCUUGGCAUACUCUUGCGGACAGUUUUUAAUCCGAUCGCCUAGUCUUAAUUUGGCCCUGGGAGGCAGCUCUCCCACUGGCGUUGCUGCGGCAUUGCAGAAUGCCGAAGGGCACUCCCACUAUUGCAGCACCAGCAAUCUCAAUAACAACACUAGUCAUGCCACUUUUUCCGCUGCACGGAGCCCUGCUGGUCGCAAUACCCGUUAUGGAACCGCGUUGUACAACCAGAGUAUGUCGUUGGUUUCCAAUUCGUCCUUUGCCUCUCGUGGAGUUUCGCCAUCGCGCCGUUCGCAAACCGCGUCAACGGCGUCACUGACAACCUCUCAGCAGCUUCCGACUCUCCUCCCCGCAACGGCUGGUUCAAUGCCGGUUCAUGCUGGAGCUUCUAUGAACCACAGUAGUGACGACGUCACGGCGGAGGUACAGGGUGGUGCAGCAGCCGUUUCAAGUGUCUCCCGGUUCCCAGAAGGUGUUCGUGAAGCAGGAGGUCGCCUACAUAUGUCACUUUCUGUUCCAAAUGGAAUUGCAGAUCAGCGUACUAACAUUGAGCUUAACAUUGACCCGGAGGAUUUGCAUCGUGUGUACAUUGAGCGCCGAUCAAGUUAUGUGGUAGCGAUGAGUGAGGACCUGAAGUCCCAACUUGCAGCCCAGAUGAACGAAAUGGCAUCACGCAGUGCAAGUAGCCCAUUGGAGAGCCAAGGCGCUGGGGGUGGGAGUAGUACAAGUCCUUGCCUCUCUCGUCUUGCGCAUGCGUACAGCAGCCAAUCUCUUUCCCCUAGGUAG